GCGGGGCGAGAAGAGAUACCCGGAAGCGUCGGCGGGGCAGUCGUAUGCCCUCUGGAUCCUGACCCCAUGUGGAAUAGCAUCAAGAAAAUAUCUGUCUUCACUGUUUAAUAUAAAACUAGUUAUUUUCAGAUGCAGAGGAGUUACUCAGAAUUAAUUCUCAUGUCAACAGAAGGCUCAACCGUCACAGUCCGUCUUGUUCGCUCUUUUGAACACCGGAACUUCAGACCUGUGGUGUAUCAUGGAGUUAACCUGGAUCAGACAGUAAAGCAGUUCAUUAAUUUUGUGCGGAAGGAUGUGUCUUCAAGAACAGGACUUCCCCCUCCUUUUAAAAAUUACAAAUAUGAUACAAUGAAGAUUAUUCACCAAGCACAUAAAUCUAAGACUGGUGAACUUGUAGUGAGUUUGGAAGAUGAUGACAAACUGAUUUUGAAAGAAGACAGUGUGCUGAAAGCAGCUGGAGUAGAAGAGGAAGUCCUUGACCUACUGGGUUGAAAGAAUUGUGACUGCUCUGAACCUUUGUGGGUCCUUUAGCUCUGCCAUAUCCCCUGUGAAUAAUUAGAGGUAUUUGAAGGUAUUGCUGGAGAAGCCAAUUUGUGUCUUUCACUUUGCAUAUUGUUGAAGCCUCAUGAAUUAAUCAUCAGCAGGGCAAAAAAUUAACGUCUUCAGACACAUAUUUUGAUGGGUCAUGAGGGAGAAUGUAAAGUGAUCUGUAAAAUAUUCUACUGAUCCUCUAAGUAUUAAAUAAUUAUACCUACAGGCUAAUUUAAUGGAAAAAAAUAGUUUCUUUUUCCCUUUCCUAACAGAAAAAUGCACAAAAAAAGAGAAAAUCAUGCUUUGUUAUUUUUUCUAGCAUUUAAAGGCAUUAGAAAUGCAAUAAUUUAAUUUGCUGAAUGCUUAUAAAAACAAUUCUGAAGCCUGUGUUAAAAAAAAUCUUCAGGGGUCUUGUGUACAUGUUUACUUCUGUAUAUUCAGGUUCUUGUUUUGUUGUUGUUGUUGUUGUUUUUUAACAAGUUUAAACAACAUCUUUAAUAUUGGAAUAUUUUUUGUAAAAAUAUGAGGGGGGGAAAAAAAAGUGUGUGGUGAUUUAUAAUUGUCUUUGACCAAAAAGUUGCCAAUUGUCUUCUAAGAUUCUGAAUAGUUGGCUGUUGGGUGGUUUAUUUACUGGUGUGCUAAAUAUUUAAUUUUUUAUUCGUUCUAGCAAAUGAGACCGAAUUAGCAUUCUUCUGUGAGGAAGAUUACAGAAACUACAAAGCUAAUCCUGUUUCGGCCUGGUGAAGAUCCCAAGAGAUUUUUUUGUUUUCCCAUACCUGUUGUAAAUUUUCCUUAUUCUGCUUAAUGAGAUUUUUCUUAAAGAUCAAUAAAUCCUAGAGGAUUGCUUUGCAAA